AUGCAAUGCUUCACCUAUAUUCUGCUUCUCAUUAAGUUGAGUGCUGGGGGAGUUCCUCUUGUUAUAACAACUUGGGGAGCACAAGGCUUUCAAGAUGCAACUGAGAGAGCGCUAAAACUAGUAAACGCUGGACGUUUGAAUGCGUUAGUUGAGGGAUUGUCUAUAUGCGAAGAAGAGCAAUGUGAUGGAACGGUUGGUUAUGGUGGUUCGCCUGACGAGAAUGGUGAUGUAUUCUUGGAUGCAAUGUUAAUUGAUGGGCCUGAACAUCGAGUAGCAUCAGUAGCUCAUUUACCUAAUAUAAAAGAUGCUGCCCGAGUAGCAUGGGCCAUAAUGAAUUAUACGGAGCACACAAUGCUUGUUGGACAAGCAGCUCGAAACUUUGCUGUCAAAAUGGGUUUCAAGAAGGAGAUAGUCAGAACUAACAUUUCCGAUGCACUGUAUACAAACUGGAUGGCAAACAAUUGUCAGCCAAACUUUUGGAAGAAUGUAACACCGGAUCCAAACUUAUUUUGCGGUCCAUAUACAGCAAUCAGAAGCAAUUUGGAUGAUAAAAUGAGCAGAAGAAUGAAGGAAAAGAAGCAAAAAAUUGAUAAUUAUCAUCAUGACACUAUUGGUAUGGUUGUUGUUGACGAAGAGAGUGUUUCAGCGGGCACGUCAACAAAUGGAGCAACUCAUAAAAUUCCCGGACGUGUAGGCGAUUCACCUAUUGUUGGCGCAGGAGCUUAUGCAGUUCAUAGAAUAGGAGGUGCCGCUGCUACUGGUGAUGGAGAUAUAAUGAUGAGAUUUCUACCCAGUUAUCAAGCGGUGGAGUUCAUGCGGAAUGGACAUAGCCCACGAUAUGCAGCUAAAAAGUCAUUAGACCGUAUAUUAGAAUACUAUCCAACGUUUCAAGGAGCAAUCGUUGUGGCUUCGAUGAACGGGAAGUAUGGAGCGGCAUGUGCUAACUUGCCCCGCUUUGAUUAUUGCAUAGGAAAAGCUAGUCAUGUAGUUGUGAAUAGCGUUUUAUGUGACAUGCGUGAUUAUUGA